AUGAAGAUCGUGCUCAUGGGCGCCCCUGGCUGCGGUAAGGGCACGCAGAGCCCGUACAUACAGGACAGGUACGGUGUGUGCCAUCUAUCGACGGGUGAUAUGCUGCGCGACGCGGUGGCGCGGAAGACUGCAAACGGAAAACUGGCGAAGGACGCCAUGGAUUCGGGCAAGCUUGUCAGUGACGACAUCGUGUUUGGGAUUGUGAAGGAUAGCAUUAAGAACCCUGAGUGCCGCUACGGCUACAUCCUAGACGGCUACCCGCGCACGCUGAAGCAGGCGCAAAUGAUGGAGGACGCCGGGGAGAAGAUAGACAAGGUAAUCGAGUUCAGCGUUCCGGACGAGGUCAUCCUGGAGCGGACGAGUGGCCGGUGGAUUCACAAGCCGAGCGGGCGCACGUACCACGAGGUGUUCCGCCCUCCGAAGACGCCCAGGAAGGAUGACAUAACGGGUGAGGAGCUCUAUCAACGUCCCGACGAUCGUCGCGAGGUGUGCGAGAAGCGCCUGGACAUCUAUAAGAAUGAGACUCGCCCUCUCGCCGACUACUUUACCAAGGAGGGCGUGUAUUCGGUUAUCAACGCCAACCAAACGAUCGACGAGGUUCGAAAGGCCAUCGCUACUUUGCUGGACCCCAUUGGCAUUGCAACGGGUCUCAAGUAG